AUGCCGAAGGAUUGGAUGAAUCUACCAAGGUAUAGCGAAGAGUAUAUCAAUGGUGUUAUUAGUUUCUUAGAGUUUGCAUACUUUGACGGAGAACCGGACGGACAACAAAUUCAAUGUCCUUGUAAGAGGUGUUGUAACAUUGAGUGGUAUAGAAGAGAUGUGGUAUUUGACAAUUUAGUAGCCGACGGAUUUGUUAAGGGAUAUAGAACAUGGAUUAAUCACGGGGAAUGGACAAUCUCGAUGGUGGUUGAUGAUGACACGGAUGAUGAAGGUGCACACGAUGACAUCGAAGGACUGCUUAAUGAUGCAUUUGGAGAUCAUGCUGAGGGUGUUACUGUAGGUCUAAAUGAAGAGGCUAAAAAGUUUUAUAAUUUAAUAGAUGGGGCAAGUCAAGAGUUAUACCCGGGCUGCAAGAAAUUUUCUACAUUAUCUUUUACCAUCCACCUGUACUUGUUAAAGUGUUUGCACGGUUGGAGCAAUGCCUCCUUCACUUCCCUUCUUGAGCUAUUGAAAGAGGCAAUGCCUGAAGUUAACAUACCUCCAUCUUUCCAUAAGACGAAGGCUAUGAUAAGAGAUUUAGGUCUGGAUUAUAAAAAUAUUGAUUCUUGUCCUAAUGAUUGCCUCUUGUAUAGGAAAGAACUAAAGGAUGAAACACAAUGUCGUGUAUGUGGAACAUCUCGAUAUACUGAAAAUUCUAGUGAUAAUAGCGAGAACCAACCUCACAAGAAAGGUCGUCCUAUUCCUGCAAAGACUCUGAGAUACUUUCCUAUAAUUCCAAGACUUCAGAGAUUAUUUAUGUGCUCAAAAACGGCAGCUAGUCUGAGGUGGCAUGAUGAGGAGCGCGUUAAAGAUGGGACGUUAAAGCAUCCUGCUGAUGGACUGGCGUGGAAGAACUUUGAUGAAAUGAAUGAAGAUUUUGCAAAAGAAUCACGCAAUAUUAGACUAGGCUUGUCAAUUGAUGGGUUCAACCCAUUUCGUAGCAUGAAUAUUUCAUGGAGCACGUGGCCCGUAAUGUUGAUGGUAUACAACUUGCCUCCGUGGAUGUGCAUGAAACCUGAAUAUUGUAUGCUUUCUUUGCUUAUUCCUGGGCCACAAUCACCUGGCAAAGAUAUUGACGUGUAUCUACAACCAUUGAUAGAAGACUUGAAGUUGUUGUGGGAAAUAGGGGUGAAAACUUAUGAUGCAUCAAAGAAUGAGACCUUUCAAAUGCGGGCAGCUCUUUUGUGGACAAUUAAUGAUUUUCCUGUGUAUGCUAUGUUGUCUGGGUGGAGUACAAAGGGAAAAUUGGCUUGCCCUUGUUGCAAUAAAAAUACAUCUCCUCUACAACUAAAACAUAGUCGGAAGACAGUUUAUAUGGACCAUCGUGUCUUUUUACCCAUGGAUCAUCCAUGGAGAACCAAUACAAGGUCUUUUAAUGGGAAGCAAGAAUUAAGACCCCCUCCACCUGUUAUAGAAGGAACGGAAAUUUUUGAGAUGCUACAAAAUGUUGAGAAUGUUUUCGGGAAGAAGCAAAGUACAUCAAAUAGUUUCCCAUGGAAUUAG